AUGAGGACCUACCGACGCAAAGGAGCUAGUCUGCGUGGGCAAGCCAAUGCUGAUGAUACCGAAAACCUCUCGGACACCGAGUCAACAGAUGUUCCUUUAUCCAGGCCACUCAAGCGACGAAAAUUACGGGUCGACGUCGUUUCGCCCAGCAUAGCUCAUAAUGAUGGAGUAACAGGAGACGACCAUGUUUCUAGAGCUUCGUCGAAUGGGACGCUGUUGUCAAGGCAGAAGACGAAUGUGCAGCUCGGAUCGCUAAGCGAGAUCCCAUCGGUCCCUAGACGUCUCGCUAGCUCCGAUACUCUCCUCGUCUCAUCUGAGACACGCUUUUCACCCUCGCCACAGAAAUUUGCCAAGGAUCUAUCCGACCUGUUCUCGUUUGGGACGGAGAAGCCUGCUGCUGUCAGGCCUUCAACAAAGCAUAAGCCUUCCAACAUCGCGAAACGCAUGCUUCGGAGGACAGGAACAGAAUCAUUAAGUAUUAGUAGUGAAAGCAGUCAGAGUAGCUUGGCCGAGGGCUCUCGACGAGUACCCGCACCCCCCAAACUCUCCAAAGCACUGUCUGAGCCUAUGCUCGACACUACGCUCACUUCUUCAGGAUCUGGGAGUCGACCUAUGACGCCGUUGAAGGUGGGGUCGCUAGACGACGUCUCCUCCCCUCCCAUGACUGCAAGUGCGCGUGCCUCUCUUUCAUGCACCAAUAUUCGCACCUAUGCCGGCCAGUCACGUUCCUUCCUAGUUGCGCUUCCUACAACCCAGAUCGAUUCAUUGUCCCGAACAAAUUCGCAGUCACAGUCGUUACUUGAAGACGAAGAAAUUGUUAGUAGCCAAGCAGAUGACUUCGAAAUUCAAGAAUCUUACACGGAUCUGCGAAUGCGAUGGGGCGUCGACAAUUCUGAAGAUGAUCCUCGCCCUGUAUCACCUAUGCACGACUCACCGGAGGAUCGAGGGAAACGGAAAGGGAAGGGCAAACAGGUAGAUGUGCGACCGUCUCCUUUGCCGCCUGGCAUGAUGAAUGACUUGAAGAGCAUUACCGAACUACGGAGCAAAGGAGAGAGCAGAAGAUUUUUAGAUGAGGUUGGCUAUUUAUUCGAGGGUUUGGAUGCCAAAGCUGCCCUCGGCGUUCGCAGAAGUAGCGCGCUCGAGAUAGUAACGAAACUUUGCGAUCUGGAAUUUUCUCGCAAAGCUAAGGCUGCCGACUUCUUAGGGCGUGCAUGGGAGGUUUUCCGCGAAGCGGGAGCAGGCAACGGAGAUAAGGUUCUGAAUUCCGUCUUGGUUUUUUUCGCCGCGUUAGUCUCCAGAGAUAGCCGGGACCUUGCAGACUUAGCUGCGAAGACAGACUUUGCGUCCACACUUUACGACUUGCUGGCUCCGCUGGAGCAUGCCAAUGAUCCACUCUGGCUCAUCUCUUGCUCCUUGAGCGAUGCUCAAUUGAAGAAGGCUGGGAUACCUAGGUUGGAAAAGACACUGCUGUCAAACUUGCACAAAUUGGUGAGGGAAAAAUCGGGGCUAGUAGACAGCGGCGACAUUAUAUCGAAUCGGCUGCUGAUCUCAAUGGCACUGACUGCUCUUCCGUCACAUAUGCAAAGUUCCGCACACCUACCCCCUGUUUUGAAGGGGUUAACGCUUGAAAUAAGAUCGGUUUCCUCACGCAUAUCGGCAUAUAUCACCGGCCUGUCAUUGAUACCCUUGCUUUCAUCUACAACAUAUCUGGACACUCCGUCAUUACUUCACGUGGAUAAUUGUCUACAACUACUCGAUACAUUCCUCCUUGGGCGCUGGGCUAAUCAGCCCGAUGCCGGGAAGAUGUGCAUGGACCGACUCUCAGCUCAACGAGAGAAGGGUCUUGCUAAGGCACUCAUAAAUCUGUGCGUCGCAUGCGACGCCAUCUCCCGAGAUCCAGACUAUCUUGAUCAGAUGUCCAUUGCUAGCCGAUGCAUGGAAUCUACUUUGCGGGUCUUGAUUAAUUUAACUCAUGAUGAUCUCUCGUGGUGUCAGGCAGUCCUUCAAGAACCAUCGGCCGUACCCACAAUCAUGCGACUCAUCGUUCUUUCCCACUGGCAGCGGAUUGAUGCGCUCGGCGACCGCAAACACCGUGGAGGUUCAUAUAACGCCAAUAUUGAGGGAGAGCAAAUUGAUCGCGCAGCUCCAGCGCUCGACCGUCUCUGUCUGGCUUUGGGACUCCUCACAAAUCUGGUGCAAGUCUCUCACGAGGCGAGAGAGACAACCAACACUACCCUGUUGGACUUUCGCUGUAAAGGAAAACGAGCCUGCACAAGAGCUUGCCGUUGUACUUCUCGCGUGAGCGCGGUAGAAUGUCUUGCGCUGGUUUAUGCGGACCGUGGUGAAUCGGAGAGUGAGCUUGACCCCGUCGUGCGCGGUCAUAUGGCUGUACUCUUCGGCUUGAUUAUGCAAAACUGUCCGGAAAAUCAGAAAGCCUUGCUUGGUGCGCUGCCUGGUCGGUCUGCUCAGCAGAAACUCGACUCGCUGAUCGAGCAUGCCCGCGAAUUUACGCUGGUAUACGCCGAAUUCACCAAGAGAAUCAGUAGUGGUCUCGAAGGCCAAAUAAGGGAUGAACAGCAGGAUGACUUCGUACAUACUGAUAUAGAUGGCGGGGGGGAGAGUGUGCUACGAGACAGACAUGGAGAAUCGGUUGCGAAGGAUGUGGUGUCGUUCCUCGAAUUGCUCAGAACACAGGUUUGA